AUGUCCAGUGUUAUUGGUAUUACCUUCGGAAACACAUCCUCUUCUAUUGCUGUGGCCACUCAAGACGGCAGAGUUGACGUUAUCGCCAAUCCUGACGGUGACAGAGCCAUUCCCUCUGUCUUGUCGUAUGUUGGUGUCGAUGAGUACCACGGUGCUCAAGCAAGAGCCCAAUUGGUGAGAAACUCCAAAAAUACCAUCAUCAACUUCAGAGACUACAUUGGUAAGAAAUUUGAAGAAGUUGACUUUUGGGCUUCCUCCGCCGGCGCUAAGCCAAUUAAAACUGAGGAUGGCGGUAUUGGUUACGAGAUCGAAAGAGAAGAUGGUGUUGAGAUUGUCACUGUGGAAGAGGCUGUCACCAGACACUUCAAGCAGUUGAGAAGUGCCGCCGAAGAUUACCUUGGACAGGCUGUUGAGAAGGCAGUCUUGACUGUUCCCACAGAUUUUACUGAGCAUCAAAAAGAAGCUCUCAACAAGUCCGCUGAGGCUGCUGGCUUGAAGGUUUUGCAGCUGAUCAAUGAACCAUCUGCAGCUUUGCUUUCUUACUUGACUGCUGCUGGCGAUGAAGCUUUGCUUGCUGACAAACUUUAUGUUGUUGCUGACUUUGGUGGUAUAAGGUCUGACGCCGCCGUCAUCUCUGUGAGGGGUGGUAUUUUCACGAUCUUGGCUACUACUCACCAACACAAAUUGGGUGGUGAUGACUUGGACGACGCUCUUUCCGAUCACUUUGCUAAGGAAUUUCAAAAGAAAUUCAAAGCUGAUGCUAAGGGCACCGCUAGAAGUUUGGCUAAAUUGAAGGCUGAAUCUAUCACAGCCAAGAAGACAUUGUCCAAUGUCACAUCCUCAUCAUUUUCCAUCGAGUCUCUCGCUGAUGGAUACGAUUUCUUGUCCAACAUCAACAGAUUGAGAUUUGAACUAGCUGCAAGAAAGCCCUUGAGUGAUAUGACUGCUUUUGUGGAACUGGCUGUGCAUAAGGCAGGAUUGGAGCCAUUGGACAUUGAUGAAGUUUUGUUGGUUGGUGGUUCCUCUAAUGUUGUGAAAUUGGCCAGCAAUGUGCAAUUCAUUUUCCCUGAAUCCACCACCGUUGUUGCCCCCUCUUUGGACUCCAAGGCUGCAAACCCAGAGGAGUUGUCUACUAGGGGUGCUGCUUUGCAAGCUGCCCUUGUGGAAACAUUUGACGAUGAAGAGAUUAGUGAGUCAUUGCAACCAAUCGUCGUGAACACCCAGCAUUUGACAAAGCCUAUCGGCAUCAAGGACAAUGAGGGCAAGUUCGUCCCAAUCUUGGUUGCUGAGACCGCUUACCCUAUCAAGAAGUCUAUCGAAGUCACAAACGGCGACGCCGCAGAUGUCUCUAUCGAAUUGUUUGAGGGUAAGAGACAUGUCAAGGAGACUGUUAUCGAGCCAGCACCUAAGAGUGAAGACGAGGAUGAUUCCGAGGAGGAGUCUGAUGAUGAGCCUGAGAUCAAGAGAGAAGUUGAAUAUCUUACAGGAGAUUUGCUCGCCAAAUUGUCCCUCUCAGAGUUGAAAGCAAACUCCAAGUUGGAGGUUAUCAUUAGCAUCACUCAGAAUGGUGUUUUGCACUUGUCUGGAAGGGAAUUGAAGCAAGGGUCUGUUGCUGUCAAGGGUGAGUUGAAGUCAGACGCCUAA